GGAGACUCUUCUCUCACAUAACACACGCAAGUUCAUUCAUUUUUAUAAAAAAAAUCGGUUCAUUCACUGUUUUCGUUCAAGAAGUGUACGAAAAAUAAAACAUAAACAUCAAAGAGAGUGAGAACGUCAAAAAGUUCAUGUCACGUUAUUUUUCUUCCAUCAAACUUUUUUUUUUCAAAUAAAAUGUCAAAACCAACAAUUUAUUGGACUCCGAACAGUGCUCCGUGCCGCGGCACAUGGCUUUCGGUGAAAAACUUGGAAAUCGACACGGAAUGGCGUCUAUUGAAUCUCCGCGAAAAGGAACAACUCAAGCCGGAAUUUCUGAAAAUCAAUCCGAUGCAUUGUGUGCCGACCUUGGAUGACGACGGAUACAUUCUGUGGGAGUCUCGUGCGAUUUCAACAUAUCUCGCUGACUCAAGAUACCCCGGUGGCACGUCACUUUAUCCAAAAGACCCGAAAAUUCGUGGCGUUAUCGAUGCUCGUUUGUACUUUGAUGCCUCCUACUUGCAUAUGCGGGUACGGGCAAUUGUUCGUCCGAUCGUGUAUGAGGGCGUAACAACUAUAAGUGAUGAAAAAAUUGCUGCCGUUAAAGAAGCUUAUUCGCAUUUGGAAGAAUUUCUUACCGGAAAUGCAUUUUUGGCGGGAAAUGACCUCACGCUAGCCGAUUGUCACGUACUGUCGUGCGUUGCAACGUCGAAAUUGGUCGGAGUUGGCUUCGAAAAUCACCCAAAACUCGCGGAAUGGUACGAAAGAUGUCGCAAAGUCGUCAAGGGAUUCGAGGAACACGAGAAAAUCGUGCAAAAAUACACAGAUGACCUGAAAAGUAAAUUAAAAUGAACGUCGUUAAUGCAAUUUUGAGCACCGAAUUGCGUGAUUUUCCGCAUGUUAUCGCAACUUUUCAUUCAAUUUUAGUUUUCAACACAUUUUAACAGGGUAAAAAAUUA